GCCUUCUGUAAACAUGAAGCAACCAGGAAGUGCGCCAGCAAUUUAAUCGUUGCUCUUGGCGAUGCCUGUUCUGAGGCUACUGGUCACCACCCUGGGAAAAGCUACCGGGCUCUUCACCCUCGCAGUUGUUGUCAUUGCAGUGGUUCUGAAUUAUUUCGACGACUCUGAUCCGGUUAAAUACACCAGCAUGGCUGAGGACAUGAAGACCCUGGAGGAAAACUUCAGACAGCAGAAUAAAAGCUGUUUUAUCCUUGGUGCCUCUGGGGAAACGGGUAAGAAGUUGCUUCAAGAGCUGCUGGAGCGCAACAUCUUCUCCAAGAUUACGCUCAUUGGAAGGAGACAGCUCACCUUCGAGGACAAAGCAUAUGAAAACCUGGUACAAGAGGUGGUGGACUUUGAGAAGCUCGAUGAUUAUGCUGCUGCCUUCCAGGGCCAUGAUGUUGGCUACUGCUGCCUGGGAACGACCCGGGCAAAAGCAGGGGCUGAGGGAUUCAUCCGCGUUGAUCAUGACUAUGUUCUAAAAUCAGCUGAACUUGCCAAAGCAGGAGGCUGCAAACAGUUCCACCUGGAGUCCUCCAGAGGAGCUGAUAAAAACAGCAACUUCCUCUACCUCAAAGUCAAGGGACAAGUGGAGGCAGACAUUGAGGCACUGGACUUUGACAGAUUUGCCAUUUACAGACCAGGGGUUUUGUUGGUGGACAGGAAGGAGAGUCGGCCUGGCGAGUGGCUGGCCAGGAAAUUCUUUGGUGCCUUUUCUGCUGUGUGCUCUACGUCCAUGUCCAUCCCGAUCCACGUGGUGGCAAAAGCGAUGGUGUCAAACACUCUGCUUCAACCUGAGCAGAAGAUGGAGAUCCUGGAGAACACAGCCAUCACCAGUCUGGGAAAGACUGCUGGGAAAUAAGAGAGAGUGAGAAAUGCUGAUCAUUUCAGCAGAUAUACAGAGGUGACUACAUGCUACAAACACUCAUCACAUCAUCAGGGUUUUCACAGUACUUGAACAUUUAAAUCAAUUUGUGUAAACAUUUUGCUUAUGUCAGAAAACUAAAGGGUCUUUAGGCUUUUUGAUGUUCACCAUUUGUGCUCUGAGACAACACAUUGAAUCACUGCCUUAACAUAAAUCUGUAUGUUUAUUUUGCACUAGAUUCAUAUAUUGGAUGUUUUUAAAUCAGGAAAAUGUUUCCAUAUAAGCUAUAUCAAUAUAAAGAAUAUCGGAUAUCUGUAUCUGUGCUACACCUGUAUGAUUAUAUAUUGCAUGUAUACAUAUAAACCUAAUCUAUGCUAUGCUAUAACAGCAUAGCUUUAACAUGUUGAUGCCAUCAAUUGAAGAUAUGAGUUUUUAUGAUACCAGAAGUGGAACAGUUUUGAAUAAACUUUAUUGAUACUGAAUUUUGUCCACGUUUCUGAAGCUAAAAGGUGGUCCUCCAAUUUAAAUGACCAAUGUAGGGUCUUAAUUUGAAUAUGGUCAGUUCUAUUUUGAUGAUGAUUAACAACGACUAUGAUGAAUUUGAAUGUAUUAGCCCUCAUUCAUUUGUUUAUUUUUUAUUUAUUUUGUUGGAUUAGCAAUAGCAAUGUCAAAUAUACAGAAUACCAUGUAAACUUUAGUCACUGGUGAAAAAAAGCGUGUGUGUUCAUUUGCAUACAGAUCAAGAUAUUUAAUGGCUGCAGACAGACCAGAGCAUGAUUACUGAAUAAUGUUACACUAUCAGCUUGUGUUCCUGCUGACUUCUAAAAAACUAUUUUUAAAGUUUUUAAAUUUUUAACUUUUUUUUAAUAUAUAUUUCUUCUUCUACUCAAAUUAAUUUUAUUUUUCCAUUUCCAUUUGUUUCUUGAUGCAUUUCAUUGCCAAAUGUA